AUGGCGUACAAUAGAGCAGUCUUUAUAACUGGAUCGAACCGAGGUCUUGGCUUGCAGUUUGCCAAAGAGUUGGCUAAAAAUGAAAACUAUCGACAUGUUUUUGCUGCUUGCCGCAAGCCAAACGAUGCUCAAGAAUUGCUCUCCAUUGCUAAAGAAAAUUCUAAAGUUCAAAUUGUACAACUAGAUGUUCAAAAUGAUCAAGAUAUCCAUUCUGCUGUUGAGGUUGUUAACAAAAAAGUCGGCGGUAAUGGCCUAAAUUUACUUAUUAAUAACGCUGGAAUAUCAAUAAAUGGCGGACCAAUUCCAACGGUGAACAGAAGCGAUUUCAUGAAAGUUAUGGAUGUUAAUGUUUCAUCACCUAUCAUGUUAACUAAGGCGUUUUAUAGAUUACUAAGAGCUGCAUCAAACCCAUCAAGUACUCGUGAUAUCUUUCUACCUGCAGUUGUUGUGAAUAUGUCUAGUAUCCUUGGUUCUAUCGAAUCAAAUAAUGCUGAAUCUGGAGUCUUAUACCCUUACAGAUGUAGUAAAGCUGCACUUAACAUGGCUACAAAAAGUAUGGCUAUUGAAUUUGCUCCAAGAAAUAUUAUCGCUAUCACAAUGCAUCCAGGCUGGGUUCGUACUGAUCUAGGUGGUCCAAAAGCACCUCUCUUUGUCGAAGAGUCAAUAAAAGGGAUGAUGAAUGUUAUCGAAAAUCUUAAUUUAAGUGACAGCGGAAAACUGUUAGGUUAUGACGGUAGCAAUAUCCCAUGGUAA